UUUGGUAGAAAAAAAAGAGAGAACAAAAUGAUGAAAAGAAAAUGAAGAUCCAAAAGAAUGAUCCAUCAUCACUUUCUCUUGUUUGUUUCACUUGACCAAGCUUCAAUCAAAAAACAAAGAAAGAACAAAUAAUAAUCAAUCCACCAAUCACAAUCUCUUCUCCUCAUUACUACUCCAAACACUACCACCAUCAUCAUCACCAAAUCAAAAUGGGAAGUUUAUUAUACCAAGCAUUAUCAUCCUCUGCACUCCUCUCCUUAGGUCUCUACCACUUCAUUCUCACAACCCUAAACUACCUCAAAUCUCCCCACACCUACACAUCCAAACCCUACCACCCUCUCCCCUCCUCCAACCACCCCCGUCUCCGCCCAAUCCAGCUCUACUUCAUCAUCUUCUCUCUCUCCAUCGCCAUCAUCCACCACCUCAUCCUCGCCACCGAUUCCGAUCCCUUAAUCAAAGGCGCCACCCCCGUCCACCGCCUCACUUCUCUCCAAUCCGCCUCCCUCCUUUUCCUCUUCCUAAUCCUCUCCAUCUCCCUCCUCCUCCCUCUCCCCCUCUCCCCCGAUUUCUCCUUCUCUCUCCUCUCUCUACUCUUCCUCCUCCACUCCUCCCUCCAAACCUCCCUCUCCUCCCUCCAAAACUCCGCCCUCGAAGCCAAAUGCGACUCCGUCUCCUCCAAUCUCUCCGCUCUCUCCUCCUUCCUCUGUCUCCUCCUCGCUUGUUUCCCUCGUCUCUACCCCGCUGACGCCGCACUCGCCGCAUCCAUCUGUCUCCGAGGACUAUGGGCUCUUCAGACCGGACUCUCUCUAUACGCCGAAGCGUUUAUCCCGGAAGGCUGUCAUCGUCUCCUCGACGUCGUUAACGGCGUCGAAGGAUCGACGCAGUGUGAUCUCGAUGAGUCUAAGUUUCGCGCGCUGGCGAUUCUUGAUCUGGCUUUUGUUGUUCAUGUAAUGCUGGUUAUGAUCAUUGUUUUGGUUGCUUAUGCUGCUGUUGCCACUACUGUUGGGACUGUUAGAAGGGUUGGAUCCUAUGAGGCAUUGCCUACUGCUACGACUUCGCCUACGGAUUCAAAUCAUAUUCAGAUGAAAGCUUUGGCUGGAACACAGGCUUGAAUCUUUAUCUUUCUCUUUGCUCUUAUUAGGAUUUUAUUUUUAAACUUCAUUUUUUUGAGUUUUAUUUGGUUUUCGCUAUUGUAGUAGGGUAUAAUCUGGGAUUGUGAGCAGAGUUACUUACAAUGUGUUGUUAAUUGUUAUCAUCAGAAAUGUAGGGACUUUGUGAAUAUACAUCGAAUGCUUAUUUAAUGAUAAUGAAUGAGAUCACGGUCUAGUUGCUGGCUA